AUGGUCCAUUAUACACAAAACAUAGCAGAAAAAUGCACCAAGUGUCCACCUGAUCAAUAUCCAAAUGAGGACCGAGUCCAAUGUAUCCCCAAAAUUAUAAGCUUCCUGUUUUAUGAGGAAAAUCUGGGAUUCAUCCUUGUGUCUUUUGCCCUAUUCUUGUUCUUAAGCACAGCCCUUAUUUUAAUCAUAUUCAUUAAAUACCGAGAAACUCCCAUUGUCAAAGCCAACAACCGGGAUCUCUCUUACAUCCUCCUGGUUUCCCUCCUGCUUUGCUUCUUGUCUCCUUUUCUCUUCAUUGGUCAACCAAGGAAAGCCUCCUGUCUUCUCCGACAAGCAGUGUUCAGCACCAUCUUCUCAGUUGCCAUUUCUUCUCUCUUGGCCAAAACAAUUACAGUGGUGCUGGCUUUCCUGGCCACAAAACCAGGAAACCGAGUGAAGAGAUGGCUGGGGAAGAGCUUGGCCAACUCUAUCAUCCUAUCUUGUUCUGCAGGCCAAAUUAUCAUCUGCUCCAUCUGGUUGGGGUUUUCUCCUCCUUUCCCUGACUCUGACCUCCACUCCCAGUCUGGAGAGAUCAUCCUGCAAUGCAACGAAGGCUCUGUUGUCAUGUUCUACUUCACCCUUUGCUACAUGGGCUUCCUGGCUGCCAUCUGCUUCACAGUUGCUUUUCUGGCCAGGAAUCUCCCUGGGGCCUUCAACGAAGCCAAGCUGAUCACCUUCAGCAUGCUGGUCUUCUGCAGUGUCUGGGUCUCUUUCAUGCCCACCUAUCUGAGCACCAAAGGGAAAUACAUGGUGGCUGUGCAGGUCUUCUCCAUCUUGGCCUCCAGUGCUGGUCUGCUGGUCUGCGUCUUCAUCCCCAAGUGCUACAUUAUCAUUCUGAGGCCAGACUUCAAUACAAAGGAACAUCUUACAACCAGGAGAAAUGUAUAAAUGUGAGGGAAAUUUUAAGCCUCAACAUUUUCCAACACUCCAUACAU